AUGACAGAAAAGGCUGCCUCAGUGACUUCGUCCACGCGAUCCGGGAGUUGGAAAGGAUGGCUGUGGGAUUCGGCUGAUGUACCCAAAGAGGAACGGAGGCUUCUUCUAAAGUUGGAUUCCACGCUCCUGACGUUCGGUACCCUGGGGAUUCUAACAUUAUGUACACAGAUCGAUACCUCAAACAUCACCAAUGCAUUUGUCUCCGGGAUGAAGGAAGACCUCAACCUAUAUCAAAAUCAGUACAACUACAUUAUCGUUGCAUGGACUGUUGGCUACAUCAUUGGGCAAUGGCCUUCGAACUUCAUCUUGACACGAGUCCGUGCUCAUAUCUGGAUUCCGUUCCUCGAACUAGGUUGGACCAUCUUCACCUUUACCCUUGCAGGGGCAAAGAGCUACCAUGCAAUGCUCGGUCUUCGGUUUGUCGUCGGUCUCUUUGAGGCUGGGUAUUGGCCAGCACUUUACUACAUCCUUGGAAGCUGGUACAAUAAACGCGAGCUUGGAAAACGCAAUGGCAUUCUUCAAUCUGCAGUAUCCAUUGCGCCGAUUUUCAGUGGUUUCUUGCAAGCGGGGAUCUAUAAUUCCCUCAAUGGACAUGCCGGGCUUGCUGGAUGGAGAUGGCUUUUUGUCAUCAACGGCGUGAUUUCUUUCCCAGUCGCCCUUCUGGCUUACUUCUGCUUGCCUGACACUCCGGGAACCGCAAAACCAAGCUGGUUGCUGACCGAACGGGAUAUCGAACUCGCGCGAGAGCGCAUGUCAAGGGCUGGUCGAGUUCCUGAAGGCAAACCCUACACCGUCAAGGUUAUCAUGGGCUACUUCACUAGCUGGAAGACGGUUCUCUUCACCCUUAUUUUCACAAUGCAACCCUUUGGAAGCCAGCCAUUGACCUCCUUCGUUUUCUGGCUCAAAGCACACAACAUCAAGGGCAAGCCACCCGUCUACAGUGUUGCCCAGAUUAACGAAUAUCCGACCAUCGGAAACGCCUUUACUGCGGCAUACUCUCUUCUUGCUGUCUGGAUCUCUGACGGGCCAUUCAGAGGCCACCGCUGGCCGAUCAUCAUCUUUUCAAAUCUGGUCGCCAUCGUCAUCUUUGUCUUGCUUGCCGUAACUCCUGUUUUUGGUCCCUUCUCUCAUCGAGCACCACUCUAUAUUGUGUCCUCGAUUGGAGGAGCCUGUGUUCCGCUUACCAUGGCAUGGAUGGCUGAGUUGAUUUCCGACAAUGCUGAGCAAAGAGCUUUCACUGCGGCCGCCAUGAACACUCUCCAGUAUACUUUCACGGCAUGGAUACCAUUGGUUUGGUUCCAACAGAUUCAUCAACCUAAUGUCACACCGGGAAACAGAGCAGCAGCCGUGGUUGCGGGACUCAACGUGAUCGUGUUUGCGCUCAUCGCUGUGCUCGCUCAUCGGGAGAAGAGACAAAAGAAGAGGAGCGGUCAACUCGAACUCAACUCACCAUCAAGUGACCUUCCUACACCCCCCACUCUAGAGGUAAACGAGAAAAAGCCAUCGCUCGGUGUGGAAGCAGUCGAGCUCUGA